UUGAGAGCGAACGUGGAGGCUUCUUUUGUUGGCUAAAUAAUAAGAUAACUCCGGUCUUCCAUAUUCGGCUAAGCUAUAACUUAGUUAAGAUGAACACUCAACGAUCUGUACAUAUGAGAUUGAUUGGAUUGUAGGCUCAAAAGGUGGUUGCUUUAUAUUUUAAUCUUCUCAAUUCGUGCGUACAAAUAAGUUUUCUAUUUCCAUGACUUAAUUUACCGCAAUUAAUAUAAAUAAUAAAAUAUAGAGUAUUUUAGAUUAUUUUUUAAUGGCAGUGGUGGGUUAAUUUUAAUUAGGCAUAAGGGUAUUUUGGACAAAUUUUAUUGUAAUGCCAGUAGUGGGUAAUUUUUUUUUCGAUUAACAUGAGAAUUUCUAGAUUUUAAGAGCGAACUUGGAGAUUUUUUUUCCUUUUGUCUUGGAAUCGACGGGACUUUUUUGCGAGCCGCCAAAAUUCACCGGCGGAGACCACCCCGCCACCCCGGCCGGCUCCGCUUGGCCUUCCGUAAAACCAAACCUCUAAACCAACCGGCGGCGGAAGCCACCACCCACUACCCAACACCAGCUCGCACAUUAUAUUUCCACUUGUUCGAUCGCUCCAGCCAAUAAAUAAUCCAAGUCCACGAGGUGAGCUAGCUAGCUAGAGCGCUGAGUAUGGCGGAGCGGGCGAUCGGCGACAUACUCGCCACCGGGGACCGGGACUUCCUCGUCCGCAACUCCGGCGAGCAGGUGAAGAUCAGCAGCAUCCAGGCAAGCUCCGUGGCCCUCUACUUCUCAGCCUUAUGGUGCCCACCUUGCAGGCGGUUCACACCGAAGCUUGUCCAAGUAUAUGAACAACUGACCACACAGGACAGGAGUCUCGAGGUCGUCUUUGUUUCUUGCGAUAGGGAUGAGGAGUCGUUCAACGCGUACUUUGCAAAAAUGCCGUGGCUGGCUGUCCCAUUCUCGGACUCUGACUGCCUUCAGCGCCUCAACAAGCGGUAUAAGGUCAACGGCAUUCCAAACCUUGUCAUCCUUAGUGGAGAAACAGGUGAAAUUUACACAAAAGAGGGCGUUAAAUUUAUCAGCGAUUAUGGUGUGGGCGCCUCCCCAUUCACAUUAGAGAGGAUAAACGAACUGAAGGAGCAGGAGAAAGCAGCCAAGGAUAACCAAACUGUUCAUAGUGUUCUUGGCACGCACACCCGUGACUACCUGAUUUCAAGCACAGGAGACAAGGUGCCCAUUUCUGAGCUUGAGGGGAAGUACGUCGCUUUGUUCUUUGUGGUGAGGCCAAUCGAUGAGUUCACGGCAGUGCUCACUAAGAUAUAUGAGAAACUCAAAGAGGUGGGAGAGAAAUUUGAAGUUGUAGCGGUAUACUUCAACAACGACGAGUCGGUGUUUAAUGAGAGUUUUGCCAGCAUGCCUUGGCUUGCGAUUCCUCACGGUGACGAGGUGUGUGACAAACUGGUUCGCUACUUUGAGCUUAGGACUCUUCCCACACUUGUCUUGAUUGGACCUGAUGGGAAAACACUGAACAACAACAUCGCGGAUGUAAUUGAAGAGCAUGGUUUGGAGGCGUGGGAAGGGUUUCCCUUCAGUGCUGAGAAGCUGGAAACUUUUACUGAAAAGUCCAAGGCCAAAGAAGCAUCACAAACUUUGGAAUCCCUUCUGGUCAAAGAUCACUUGAACUUUGUCAUUGGGAAAGAUGGGGCGAAGGAUUAUCCAGAAGAUAAUGGCGCCAGAUCUUUAAUGCAUGCACGACCGCUGCCAGCUCCAGAUCAUGAGUAG